UCAUCACCUCCAGUGUCCUUCUUUUACAGAAGAGCAUCUGGAAGGCAUGUUACAAAUCUGCAAGGGUUCCAGCCAGAGAAACAGCAGCUUUGUUUAUCUUCUUUGAGAUUCUUGUGUCUGGAGGUGCAGCUAUUCUCACCAUCGUUGCGAUGCCACACUUGGACAUUGUGACCAAUGUGACGAUAUUGAACGGUGUAGCCAUCUUCACUACGAUCCUGCAGAUCAUUUCUCAGUGCAUUGCCAAGGAAAGGAACCGCUUCCUUCUUCCCUCCAUCGCAGCCUUCCUCCUCCUUUUGGUCGGUUAUGUCCUGUUCGUCAUCUUGUACAUCAUGAAAGAUCGCACUGAUACCAAGAUGGCCAUCUGGGUGGGCCUGGCCGUGGGUGCGUCCGUCUUGGUGUCUCUCAACUGGUGGGAAACCUACUUCAAAUUAAUCAGUGAGAACAGCAGCUCUGUCCGCCUGAAGAGACUCUGUAAAGAUGUUCGAAGGUGCCAGAACAUACUACACAUCCUCUCCAGCCUACUCAGGAUUGUGGUGACAGCCUGUGUGCUCGGAGCCUACGUCCCUCUGGCUCGAAUGGACUGGGAAGUCGUGAGGUCCAUCCCACCCCGCGAGACAAGGAUUAUAGGCAUCACCAUCGGGGUCCAGCUCGUCUCCUCAGCCCUCUGCCAAUGGUUUGCUGUUGUGGCUUGUAAAAUGCACGCUCUGCGACGGUGCUUCAUCCUGCCUGUUUACCUAGCAUCUCUGGCUGUCAUGGCUCUGCUCGUCAUCCCUGUCAUCGUCUACUAUGAAGACUUCAAACGUAGUCUGAAUGGGACUUCAAGCACUGACUUCAGAAACUACUGCAGCGUGGUAGUCGAUGGAAGAGUCCCAAACCUGAAUGGGACUGUGUUCCCAGAGCUGGUUUUGGACGUAACACACACUCUGUGCUUCCUGGACAUGUCCAAAAUGUGGGACAUUGGCAUGCUUACAGGUUCAGCAGUGUCCUGGUGGCUCGGCCUUGUUCUGGCCACGCUUCACCUCUGGUACCUCAGUCUGUAUCGCAUCCAGAGGACCCAAGACCUGUUCAUCAAGAGGUUGUAUGAGGGAGGA